AUGAAGUCCGAGAGAGAUCGGAGACCAAAUCACAAGUUUUUCUGAUACGUUCUGCAAAAUCAACAUUAAAUAAAAGUAUCUGUAUGAAAUUAGCAGAAGAAUGGGGGUCCAAAUAUAAUUUAUUGAUGAUUUUUCAAAGAACAGACCAAACAACUGAUCAGACCCCUAUAAUAUAUGUAUACAAUUUCAGAUGUACUAAAAUUGCAUUUAACUAAAGACAUAGAAAUAGUUACCUCUAGAAUAACCUGGUAAUAAACAUUCUCAAUAAUACAAAAAAAUGUAUGUUGGGAACCUGUUAGUGUCAUAUUUCAGACCCACACAGGGAACCAGUUCGAUUUUUAUCCAGCAGGAGUUAAUUGAGGAUAAGAUGCUGAGUCACUGAACGCUGCUCUAUUCCAGUGUGUUCGUCCUUCAUCUCUCGUACUCUUCCUCUCAGCUUGUCUCACUGCAGUCCCUCACCACCAGCCUCCCCCACUUUUGAGUGCCGCAUUGCUGUAUCAAAGUGGGGUGAGUUCAUUACGCACACAGACUUGGACUGUGCUGCCACCUUUACAGAAGCACAGAGUGUCUGUUUGCUGAGGGGAGAACAGGGUCCGGCUGUCAGCUGCAGCUGUAGACAGAAGAAAGCUCCAUCCAUUCCCAUCCUGUCUUCCUGCCCUGUGCCAUCAUGGGGAAAGAGAAGAUCCACAUCAACAUUGUGGUCAUUGGCCAUGUUGAUUCGGGGAAAUCCACCACCACUGGCCAUCUCAUCUAUAAAUGUGGAGGAAUUGAUAAAAGAACCAUUGAGAAGUUUGAAAAAGAGGCUGCUGAGAUGGGAAAAGGUUCUUUUAAGUACGCCUGGGUUCUGGACAAGCUGAAGGCCGAGAGGGAGAGAGGAAUUACCAUAGACAUUUCACUCUGGAAGUUUGAGACCACCAAGUACUACAUAACUAUAAUAGAUGCUCCAGGACACAGAGACUUCAUCAAGAACAUGAUCACUGGGACGUCUCAGGCGGAUUGUGCUGUUCUAAUUGUGGCAGCUGGAGUGGGUGAAUUUGAGGCGGGCAUCUCUAAAAAUGGGCAAACAAGGGAGCACGCCCUGCUGGCCUACACACUGGGCGUCAAGCAGCUGAUUGUAGCCGUCAACAAGAUGGACUCUACGGAGCCAUCCUACAGCGAGAAACGCUAUGAUGAGAUUGUUAAAGAAGUGAGCGCCUACAUCAAAAAGAUUGGUUAUAGCCCUGCCUCGGUGCCCUUCGUCCCAAUUUCAGGUUGGCAUGGUGACAACAUGCUAGAACCAUCUUCUAAUAUGCCGUGGUUUAAAGGCUGGAAGCUGAACAGGAAGGAGCACCAUGCCAGUGGCGUUACUCUACUGGAAGCUCUCGAUACCAUCAUGCCUCCAACACGCCCCACUGACAAACCCUUACGUCUGCCCCUACAAGAUGUCUACAAGAUUGGAGGUAUAGGGACCGUGCCGGUGGGCAGAGUGGAGACGGGUAUCCUGCGGCCCAGUAUGGUGGUGACCUUUGCCCCAGUCAACAUCACUACAGAGGUGAAGUCGGUGGAGAUGCAUCACGAGUCUCUGAGUGAAGCUAUGCCGGGAGACAACGUGGGCUUUAAUGUGAAGAAUGUGUCUGUAAAAGACAUAAGAAGAGGUAAUGUGUGUGGGGACAGUAAGUCAGACCCGCCUCAGCAAGCAUCAGGGUUUACAGCACAGGUCAUCAUUUUGAAUCACCCAGGACAGAUCAGUGCAGGGUACUCUCCUGUCAUUGACUGCCACACAGCUCACAUUGCCUGUAAAUUUGCUGAGCUUAAGGAGAAGAUUGAUCGUCGUUCAGGCAAGAAGCUGGAAGACAACCCCAAAAGCCUGAAGUCAGGAGAUGCUGCCAUUGUGGACAUGAUCCCAGGAAAACCAAUGUGCGUGGAGAGCUUCUCUCAGUACCCUCCACUGG